AUGAACACGAGAUACGAUGUCAAUGGCGAUCUCUAUCUGACCGAUAUGGCCGGAUCGGGCCUCAUGGCGAAAUACGGCGACGGCCGGGUCGCCAUCGCCACCAGCCAGGUCAUCGAGGACGCCGUCGGCGGCACCGUCGUCAUCGGCGACAACGCGACGGGCAAGGAGGACAAGUUCAACAAGGGUGUGGCGUCCCUCGACGGCAACAUCCGCGUGCCCACAGCCCAGCUCGAAAACGUCGGCGGCACGACUGCGGUGACCAAUCUCGGCUCUACCAAGGAAGACAAGUCCAGCAAGGGUGUGAUCAACGGUUACGCGUCGCUCGACGGCACGGCGCAGGUGCCAUCGAAUCAGUUGGGCAAUGUCGCGCGUGCCACCGCCAAGGGCACCUUCUUGGUGGGCAAUGGGAGCACGCCGACGGCGCAGGCCGCGGGCGCCACCCACCAGGCACUCAUCGCCGACACGACCACGGGCACCAACACGCACGCGCAGAUCGACGCCUUCGUCAGCUCCAAGGGCCAGCCCAACGGCCUCGCUACGCUCGACAGCAACGGCCGCGUGCCGCUGGCGCAGCUCGCCAAUCUGUCUGCCUCUUACCCACAGCCGGUCUUUGCCGGAUUCAGCGGAGCGAUCACCACCAACGGAUCGACGGGCAACACCUUCAUCCAGGCUCCCGGCGACGGCGGCACCUCUGGCGACCUCUCCUUUAUCAAUUUCGACUUUGUGUCGAUCGGUGUCAACUCGGUGAGCGUGCCCCGACCUCAAGCGCCCACAUCCGCCGUCACGUUUGACGCUGUCAACAGCAAGUGCACGGUCAACGUCGCCGGCGAGUACCUGCACACGAUCAACGUCAACACCACCGGACCCGGCGGGACUGCGCGCUGGGGCGUCACGCUCUACUGCGACGACAAGAUCGUGAGCGCCUUCAACAAGAUCGUCUACGCCGCCGAUGAUGGUAUGGGCGACCGCAUCUCGUUCUCGGCGACCGUACCGGUUAACGCAGGCAACGUGUUCGACGUGCGGCUGCGACUCAGCAACAACAACACCAAUCUCAACAUCAUUGGCUGCUCGUGGUUCUGCACGCAGCUGUCGGGAUAA